AUGGCAACACAGGUGGAAAAUGGUCUGAAGUGUGAUAAGACAUUCAAACCACAAGCAAUUCAUGCAGCCAUACGUGCUUUGAGAGAGAAUUUUGGUAAAGAUUGUACCGAGUCUAACAUACAUAACCAUCUCCGAACAUUAAAGCGCAAUUGGGCUAUAAUUAGUAGACUUCGAGAGAUGAGUGGUGUGGGUUGGGAUGAAGAAAACAAAAAAAUAAUUAUGGGUGAAGAGGAAUGCAUGACAUAUCUGAUGAGGCAUCCAAAUGAAGAACCAUAUAUAAAUAAACCCAUUGAAGACUAUGAUUUGCUUGAAGUUGUAUGUGGCAAUGAUCAUGUAACGGGGCGUUUUGCUCGAGAUAGUAUUGAGACACCUCCGACUGAUGAUAGUGUACCAAAAUUUUCGAAAGAUAAUUUUAAUAUUGGAUUGACACAAGAGGAUCUUGUACAUGGACAAUUUGACAAUAAUUUCGGGUUUGAGACACCCUCACCGACACCAAAUAGCUCUACAAGCUGCACUCUCAAGAAGCACAAACAAGAAAGAAAGGCAAAAAGAGAUGCUAGUGCUGAUUCUCGCCUUUGGCACAAAUCGUAG